AUGUCCUCGGACGUUGAAAGCUUCACUGCUCAUCUACAGUCCUCAAAGCGCAUUCUGGCCCUACUUGGAGCUGGACUUUCUGCUUCCUCUGGUCUACCGACUUUCCGUGGCGCAGGCGGACUCUGGAGAAGUCAUGAUGCCACCUCUUUAGCGACACCCGAGGCCUUCAAUGCCGACCCGGUUUUGGUCUGGCAGUUCUACAGCUAUCGCCGGCAUAUGGCUCUCAAGGCUCGCCCAAACAGAGCCCAUCUCGCUCUGGCCGAGUUGGCAAGGAGGAACCCUGACUUCAUGACUCUCAGCCAGAACGUCGACGGUCUGUCGCAACGUGCGAAACAUGCGCCAGAAAAGCUUCAACUGCUUCAUGGUAGCCUGUUCAACGUCAAGUGCACUUCCUUCUACUGUUCGUAUCAGGCCGAAAACUUUACAGAUCCCAUCGUACCUGCCCUGGCGAUUCCGUUCGAUGCAUCGGAUCCUACUACAAAAGACGCCGUUGAAGAACGUAGAGAAAUGGACAUAUCAGACGUCGACAUUCGACUACCAUCCCUGAAGAUAACAGAUCUACCAAAGUGUCCGGAAUGUCACCAAGGUCUUUUACGACCUGGAGUCGUCUGGUUCGGCGAGUCUCUUCCGAGUAAAGUACUCAACACUGUCGACACAUUCAUCAACGACUCUUCCAAGAUCGAUUUGAUCUUGGUCAUUGGCACGAGCGCUAGGGUCUACCCGGCUGCUGGCUAUGUCGAUGACGCGAGAGCAAAAGGCGCCAGAGUAGCAGUCAUCAACGCAGACCCGGAAGACAUCCCGGCUGGAGGCUUGGGAGACAAGGAUUGGUUCUUCGAGGGCGACGCUGCUCAAAUCGUUCCGGAUAUCCUCAAAAGCGUCAUUGGAGAGAUUGAGCAGCCGACAGAGAGGCUGCAGUAA